UAUUAAUAUAAUGAAAUAUGAUGGUGAACGAAUGUUUUACAUUAAGUAAAAAUGAAUUUAAUACUAAAAUUGAUCUGUUUGAUAGACUAAUGAUAAAAGCUGAAGAAGUUGAAGGCAAGGAUUAUCAAGAUCUUAACAUAUUUCUGACAGAACACCAUUAUAUAUUGAAACUUGCAAAUUUUUUUAACAAAGAUACACAAACAAACUACCAUGAAACCUAUCAAAGCCUACUAAAGUAUAUUGAAUCUUUGGAUCCUCGUCUUCAAGGUGAUGGACAUUUAACAGCACGCGAAUUUCAUUACAGGAAAAAGUUAUUUGAUGCACUAAGCAUUGGUAAGGAUGAUGCUGUAGGUAAAGAUUUUGACCAAUUGAUUUCGAUAUUAAAAGAGAAAGAUAGUGUAUAUGCCGAUAAUUGUCUUGGGCGUAAUGUUCAGAUGCUUCCAGACCCUAAAAAUAGGCUUAGUAUGCGACUAUUUUCUUACAUCUCUCCUCUAGAAGAGAAAAAGAACCUAAUAAACAAGGAUAAACAAGCAUUAGCUCAAAAAUUAAUACAGCGUAAAAACGUUUUAUCUGACAAAAAACAAAAGACCACCUUCUUCUUAAGGUUAUGUGCUAUUGUUACUAUAGGCUGUUAUUUCUCGUGGUGGAUCCUAGCAUUUGAACUUGUUACUAGUAUAAUCACAUCUUUUUUAUUAGGUCAUUAUAUAAAUAAAUAUAUCAAGAAGGAAAUUUCUCUUGAUAAAUUAAAAAGUAAAAUGAGCUAUAUUGCUCUAGGCAAUCAUCUUCUUAUUACCUUCCCUCUAGCUGCUUUUUCUGUUUAUUUGAUUACAAAAGAUUUCAUUGAUAACGGGUUAAAUACUGAUGUAGCUACAGCUGCUGCACUAUUGUUGUUAGCAAUAUUCACUUACGUGCUAGCUCAUGUUUUGUUCAAAGGUUGUAAAAUAUACGCUGAAAAUCACAUAGAAGAUUUACGAAUAGAGGAUCCAGAAAAUAAAGUGCACAAAGAAACUGAUCUGUUAAAUUGGUAUGAUCCACGAAAAUUUUUAAUGCUCUUUAUCAUGCCUCUCGUUGAAAAAUGUUUUGCAGAUUUAGAAAGUGAGUUUGCUGAAAGGAACUUUGACGAAAUGGACACUAAUGUACAUGACACUAAGACCGAACAGCAAUUCAAAGAUAUACAGGAACCUGUCGCUAUGUGUUAUUAAUAAUGUGAUUUUACACAUUAAAAUAUUCUGAUAUAGUAUAGUUUUAGCUCUAUGAAUGGAUUCACAGAAAGUAGACUUAAUAUUUGAAAGAUUUCAAAAGUUGAAUCCUAUUCCAAAAAUAGAGCUGAGCU